CCCUCACUCUUCUCUCCACACAAAAUCCAGAAAUCCAUCUCUUCACACCUCUCUCUUCUUCUUCUUCUUCUUUCUUCUCUCUCUCAAAGAUCCCUGGCGAUUUUUCCACCGUCGAUUUCCCGGCGUUUGUUUUGGUAACGACGAGUGACUAUGGAGAUGAAAUGAAACGUCGUCGUGUUUCUUUCCUUCAUUGAUUGCUGCGACGAUAUGGAUUUGCUCUGCGGAGAGGAUUCCGGCGUGUUUUCCGGUGAAUCAUUCUCGUCGGAGGAGGUUGAUUCCUGGCCGGAUGAUUCGAUCGCAAGCUGUAUCGAGGAUGAGAGGCAUUUUGUUCCGGGGCUUGACUAUCUCUCCAGGUUCCAAUCUCAAUCUCUCGACGCUUCCGUUAGAGAAGAGUCCGUCUCAUGGAUACUCAAGGUACAAGCGUAUUACAACUUUCAGCCUUUAACGGCGUACCUCGCCGUUAAUUAUAUGGACCGGUUUCUCUACGCUCGCCGGUUACCGGAAACGAGUGGUUGGCCAAUGCAACUUUUAGCAGUGGCAUGCUUGUCUUUAGCUGCCAAAAUGGAGGAAAUUCUCGUUCCUUCUCUUUUUGAUUUCCAGGUUGAAGGAGUGAAGUAUAUAUUUGAAGCAAAGACGAUAAAAAGAAUGGAACUUCUUGUUCUGAGUGUGUUAGAUUGGAGACUAAGAUCAGUCACACCAUUCAGCUUCCUCAGCUUCUUCGCUUACAAAAUCGAUCCUUUAGGAACCUUUCUCGGUCUCUUUCUCUCCCAUGCCACAGAGAUUAUACUCUCCAACAUUAAAGAAGCGAGCUUUCUUGAGUACAGGCCAUCGAGCAUAGCUGCAGCUGCGAUUCUCUGUGUAGCCAACGAGCUCCCUUCUCUAUCCUCUGCUGCAAAUCCACCCGAGAGCCCUGAGACUUGGUGUGACGGAUUGAGCAAAGAGAAGAUCGUGAGAUGCUAUAGGCUGAUGAAAGCCAUGGAAGUAGAGAAUAACCGGAGAAAUUCACCAAAAGUGAUAGCAAAGAUUCGAGUAAGCGUAAGGGCAGCAUCCACAUUGAUGAGUCCAAGUGAUGAAUCCUCUUUCUCAUCAUCUUCUCCAACUAAAAGGAGAAAACUAAGUGACUACUCGUGGGUAGGUGAUGACAAAUCCAGCUCGGAAUAAAUGGGAAAAGUAGAGAAAUAACAAGGAAGUACAUAAUAAAAGAGAAGAUUCUAAGAAUUAAGUUUGGGAGGGUGGUAUUAAAUUAAAAAGUAUAGUUAGUGGGUGGUGAGUUUAAUUAAAAUUUAGUUUAAUUAGAGUGUUUCCAUCCAAAGGGGAAGGAAUAAUAAGAGGUAAUGAAAUAGUGUAAUGGGAAGAGUAUGAGAUUGGGUUGGUUGGGAGAGACAAUGCUCAUCAUUAAUGACUUUGCAGAUUCCCAAGAAGAAGAAAGAAAGAAGAAAAAGUGAGUGUAGUGGACACACGUGUGAGAGGAAGAAGAUCAUGAUUGUGUGUGCGUGUGAGAGAGAGAGCCAUAAUAUGCAUUACAGUCACAGGUAGUGAUAAGACGGGGAGCGUGUGGAAAUAUUUUGAGUGAAAUUUUGAAUUUUUAGAUUUUUCGAGGACCUUUGUCUUAAUGGAUCGCAGCAGAUUGUGGACCCUGAGCUCUCGUGGUCAAGCUUUCCUCAAGUUGCGAAGUAUAUAAUUUUUUUAGUUUU